GAGGACAUGGGUAUACAAUCAAAUUAUUUACAACAACAACACGGCUGAAAACUGACAAAUAACAUGCAAAACCGAGACAAUGUUUACAACUAUGAUUAAGCAUCAAAUAUCUGUCUGAGUGCAAGAAGUAUCUGAGCGACUGCACAAAUAGCCAUUGUUGCGUCAUCGUUGACCAUUAUUUCUGAUUGGUCAUAGUACCGAAAUAAACCGAAAAGAAAUCGAUGCUCGGAGAAACAUCCAUAGAUUAAUCAUUAAUGUAUUUACACAAAAGUUAAAAUUAGAUAAAGAUAGGUAGCAGAUGAUUAUACUAGUUCAAUAUAAUCUCACACGAAAAAUGGAGCUCCAGAAGUAUGUGCAACAAGAUGACGCACAACCUGAACAUAGUAUGUGUACCAGGUUAAGGCUGUGCGCCAUCUUGGUGCACAUACUUCGGGAGCGCGCGAAAAACACACAGCUGUAUAACAACCCAACCAUUGCCAUGCAUUACAAACCGUAACAACAGUACUCUCAAUAAAUUUGUGUGGCGUUUGCAGACUUGUGAUGGAUUGUGUUUCUCCUAUAGCAAAAAACUUUUUCUGUACUACAUGAUCAUUGGAAAAUUCCUAUUGGUUAUUCUGACAGAUUUCUUGUGAUAUGACGCUUACAAUCUUGUUUACAUGUUCAUAACCAUGAUAUUGAUUAAAAAUAUUUAACCCAUGUAGCACUGUUCUACAUGUAGUACUAGUAGCUAAUUUAGCUCAGUUGAUCACUCUGUGUAGGCUACAUAAUAUUUUUGCAAUCUGCUAUUUCAUUCCCAACAUUCAUCGACUUACAAUUACAAUACAUGUCAAGUUAAUUUUACUCCCACAUCUUCGACAUUUAAACACGUCCGAUAUUUGUUAGCACGUUAUCACCUUCUUUUAUUCGGUAGUUUGGUGAAUAUUUUUUUAUAAAUAUUAAAGCUAAAAUUUCAAAACCACUUGACAUGCGGUUUCGCAAUGCUAUUCUAUUUCCAACGUUCGACAUGACAAAACAUGUCGAGUUGAUUCCUUACAAGGCUUUAACAUUAAAUAUUAACUAAUAUUUCUUUGCACGUCAAACUAACCAACUAUAAUUUAUUUUAAAGAAAUGUGGCAUGCCCGAGGGAAUAGUAGCAUUUUCUUGAAUGCAACGCGUUCGAAUCAUGUACAGCGUUUGACAGAUCAUUGUAAAGUGGGGAAAGCGCAUAGGCGAGAUGAAGGUUAUUCUGUUUAUGAUUUUGAAGAAAAUCAAAAUUAUCUUAAAGAGGAUUGGAUAAAAAUAAUGACCGAAGGAGGGACGAAGGAAGACUUUUAUCGAAUGUAUGAAGACAUCGAUGCUGCUGCAGACAUCCCUGCUUGUCUUUUCUGGGAAGAAAUUUCUGAAGCGUUCCCUGACGUAAAGGAAAGAUGGAUAUUCGUGUUGAAGGCCAACCCAAAAUAGUGGGGCAAUGCUAAUUCUACAUUCUGACCGCAAAUAUGUUGAUGCAUAAAACUGCAGACACAAAGUCAACAACUCAAUUUUUA